CUGGGAUACACAGAGCUCUCUGCUGGAGCUUGGGAGACACAGAGCUCUCUGCUGGAGCUUGGGAUCUGCUCUCAUUAUUAACACAGAUCUCAGGGACUGCUGGAUGUGGGUGCAGGAGAAUUAAUAUCCAGUAAUGGCGCGACCACUCCACGACGGGAGCUCCUCUCAACCUGUAGGAAAUAUCCAGGUGGAGACAAACCGUGUCUUUCCAUCCAAUGUUGGUUCCUCCUGUGCUAUUCGUGAACACAAUCGCCCGCUGAGCCAGCACAGCACCCCGAACCCCCGUUCUUCAUCCGUUCCGUGCCAGAGGACAACCACGACCCCCGUUAACCGCUGCCCAACCACCCACGAGACAGGGAACAACUGUGAACCUGGUUCUUCAUCCUCAAACUGUGCCCAGAGACUCUGCCAGUUCCCAGAAGCCAUCGCCAGAACAGCGAUUCCCAAUUCCAGUGCCACACUAGUCGCCCAUAGCGGGGAUAUAAGUAUGGUUUCCAUGCGCUCAUUACGAGCUGAUAUCCCAAUGAAUGCACUUCCAUUGGUGGAGGAGGCGCACAUUGAACGCGAGAUCGCCAUCCGACUGCGCAGGAUUGGGGACCAGAUGAAUGAAUUAUACCUGCAGAGACGGCUGGCCGGCGAACGCCAUUGGUGGAGGCCCUUGCGAUGGCACCUCACUCAGUUCAUCUCCGAGAUCCUGGCCGCGCUAUACAACCCCUUGCUGGACAUUUUACCGCACAACUGAAGCUGUCAUGUCUUGGUGGACAACCGUAGGUACCAGGUCAGAGAAGUAAAGAUAAAGCGAAAACGGGUUUUUUUCCCCAAGGCGUCAGUAUUUGCUUCCCUUGGGUUUUGAUGCUGCUUCUGCGGGACGGAAGCUCGAGAACCGCACCAUCUUGGAUUGUACCACUAAGAGUGGGAGAGCGCAGGUUAUAGAAGAUACGCAGAGGGGUUAUGGACAUUGUCCAGCGUAAUCUCAGUUUAUCUUGUUGACUUUACUUUUCCACGGUGAAGAAUACUUGACCUAUCCGUUUCUUCUUGGAGAGAGCCGUUGGCCCUAAAGACUUAUGUUGCAAAUUUGGUCAUGUUAACAGGGAGGAAGCCAAUUUGUAUUUCGAUUUUUCUCCCAGUGUUUUCACGAACAAGUGUUGUACGGGGGAGGUAUCGGAAGUGCUAUCAACUUUUUCUAAACAAAAUGUACCACAUCUUGAAAUGCAUUACGAAAAUGACUCAAGUUCGGUUGUUUUUGUUUUCCUUUUGUACUUGUGGAAGUGAUUUAAAUACGGGUGAAUCCAAAAAGCAAACAAAUUUAUCUGAAGGCCCCUUGCUGAAGCAAAUGGAAAGCAGCAACCUCCCACGUGUUUUAAGACCUAACGCAGGGAGGGUUUCAAAGAUACUUAAUGAAAAGUUUUGCUGUAAUUGGUGGUGAACAUGAACCGUUAAAAAUAAACUGUCCUUGAGCUGGGUACUGGAACAUCACACCGUGCAACAUACUCCAGGUUUCUUGCCCUGACGCCUAUCUGGUGAUACACAUUUGUGGCUAGAAUGGGUAAUUUUUCUGAGCCAUAUUAAAUUGCCAUCCUUGCCGAUUUCUAACUAAGACAAGCCAUAGUGACACAAAUUGUGCGGUUUGAUCCAUGGGCCCUAUUUGCAUGUUAGCGGUUCGGAUGCUGUGCCAAGUCGGUUUGUAUACAUUACAUUCAGCAUGUUUCUAUUAUGCUGAUACAAACUCCUUCCUCCCUGUAAAAUGCGCUCCUCUUAUCGACCAGACCCAUAGCCUAAUAUCCUAACAGACAUUAAAAAAAAAAGCACUUAAUCUUUUUAAUAAAAUCA